AUGUCUCCACAAAAACCUCCCUCCUUAGGAUUCUUUCCCAAAAUCGUUCGACAAGCGCCUGGGAUAGACCUUUCUGGUCAAGUCGCUAUUAUUACUGGUGCCAACUCGGGUCUAGGUUUCCAUAGUGCACGACAUCUCCUGGCUCUCAACCUUUCGCAUUUGAUCCUUGCCGUUCGCUCCAAGAAGAAUGGUGAAGAAGCUAUGGGCAAGCUCCAAAAGGAAUUCCCUUCAGCACGACUGGAAGUCUGGGAACUCGAAAUGACGUCGUACGACUCUAUCCAAGCGUUUGCUCGCCGAAUUGAAACGGCCUUGAGCAGACUCGACAUAAUUAUCCUCCUGGCCCACUCUAAACUGACUAUCUGCGAGAGCACCGGACAUGAUGGCGACAUCCAAGUCAAUUACUUAUCCACAUUCUUAUUGACGAUUCUUAUCCUCCAAGCACUGAAAAAGAAGCAGAAAUCGCCAACAUCGUCGCCACCUAGACUUACCAUUGUGAGCUCGGGAACAGCAUUAACAGCGAAAUUGCCAAAUCGAAACAAGAGACCUCUUCUUGCAUCUUUCGAUGAUCCUUACAUCCAACCAUAUGAUACACUAGAGCGCUAUGGAGCUUCCAAGUUGCUGGGUCAUCUGUUCUUCGCCCGGCUAUUGAAGUAUCUCGAUCCGGAUGAUGCAAUCGUCAACCUCGUCCAACCAGGACUCGUGAAAGGUACCGGAUUGUUUCGUGAAGCCCCUAUAGCUCUGGGGGUUAUUUUCUCGGUAAUCAAAACAUUCACUGCACUGUCAGUAGAGGAUGGUGCGUGGUUGUAUGUCGAUGCCGCAGUGGUGAGGGGUAAAGAGUCGCAUGGCCGCUUCUGCAGUGAGGGGAAGAUUCAACCAUUUGCCAGUCUUGUAUACACCGCAGAAGGAGGACCGGUAUUGGAUGCUCUUUGGGAAGAGACAAUGUCCGAGCUUGAUUUUGCAGGAGUUCGCGAGAUGCUACAAGGUUAA